AUGUCUAGAGAUGAUUCUACUAUUGUCCCUCCAGCCCAAGUUCCAGAUGAAGACGUAAACCGGAGUCACGAUUCUCCAGAAAAUCAACAGAGACCCAGGAGGAGGAGAAACAAACCAGGAAACCCCGACCCAAGGGCCAAGGUGAUCGCUCUGUCACCAAGGGAAUUAUUGGCAAAAGCUGACUACUUCUGUCAGAUGUGCCCUAGGGUGUUCCAAACACAGCAAAAGCUCCAAGUCCAUCAACGGAGCCACAGCAUCCCAUGGAUAUUUCAACCAAGCGACCGUAAUGAUCUCAAGCCUGUGUACGUUUGUCCCGAGCCCACCUGCGUUCACCACAACCCUCUUCGCGCACUCAGCGACAUUACCGGGAUAAAGAAGCAUUACUACCGCAAGCACUGCGAACCAAAGUGGCGAUGCGAUAAGUGCCGCAAGAUGUACGCCGUGGAGGCGGAUUUGAAGGCGCACAGGAAGAUAUGCAGCACAUACCGGUGUGAGUGCGGCCGUCCAUUCCCGGGGAGAGAGGAAUGUGAUGCUCAUAGACAACUACAGCAAUGCGGAACGACUAGGGAGGAAAUGAGAUCCCCUAAUGACAGCCUCAAUCUCCUGUUAUGGCUUUCUGAAGAGAAUCCUUCUUCCAACCAUCCCGGCAUGGUGUCCGGGACGGACUUAAUAUCGACGCCGCCGGUGCAGCAUGAGGAGGUGGCGACGGGUGCGGCCGCAAGCGAUCCAUCGUCCUCAUCAUUCUUCGGUGGUUUAUUAGGCUCGAUGAACGGACAGCAGCAGAACGAGUUCCAAAGCUUUGCGCAAGAGACACCAUACAGCUCCUCCUCACCCUCGUACUUCCAUCAGGUGAUCAACUUAACGGAGCAGUCACAGGGGAAUGAGUUGCAGUGUUUUGGGCCUGGGUUGCAAUUCUUUGGGCAGGAUCCAGUCGUAAGUUCUUCCUUUCCUUUCGAGAUUCCGAAUAUGGAGACUGACUAUGUGGCUGCUAUUUCUGUCGGACUGUCUGCACCAACCGAGGGCCAAGGAAGAAGGAUGGAUCCACCGAUAUACUCCAGUGGCAUGGUACAGCCCGAUCAGGGAGGACUGAUGACCGUGCCUUUUAGUGGCCCGGAGGUGCAACCAGCGGCUCUGCUGCCAAUACCGUCGCCAAGCCCUUCUCAGCUCGAUGAGCUUGAGCGUCUGGUCAUGGAAGAUUGA